GCAGACCAAAAUCCCAAACAAGGAAAUGGUGGGGGAAUAAAACGACCAGAUUAUUUAAUUAAUGCAUGUAAUAAUUAAUAUUUUAUUUUAUUGUAAUUUAAGACGUAUUUAUGGGUUAAAAUGGAUUACGACUUCAAAACAAAGCUGGCAGCCGAGAGGGAGAGAGUAGAAGAUCUGUUCGAAUAUGAAGGUUGCAAAGUGGGUCGAGGCACCUACGGGCACGUUUAUAAAGCUAAGCGCAAAGACGGGAAGGAUGAGAAGGAAUAUGCACUGAAGCAAAUUGAAGGCACUGGAAUAUCUAUGUCAGCCUGCAGAGAAAUUGCUCUGUUACGAGAACUGAAGCACCCGAACGUUAUCGCCCUUCAGAAAGUGUUUCUGUCCCACAGCGACAGGAAGGUGUGGCUCCUUUUUGACUACGCCGAACAUGAUCUGUGGCACAUCAUUAAGUUCCACCGCGCCUCCAAAGCCAACAAGAAGCCCAUGCAGCUUCCCCGAGGGAUGGUGAAAUCUCUCCUGUACCAGAUCCUGGAUGGGAUCCAUUACCUCCACACCAACUGGGUGCUCCACAGGGAUCUGAAACCAGCCAACAUCCUGGUGAUGGGAGAAGGUCUGGAACGAGGGAGAGUUAAAAUUGCUGACAUGGGGUUUGCCAGACUCUUCAACUCUCCCCUGAAGCCGCUGGCCGACCUCGACCCUGUGGUGGUGACCUUCUGGUACCGGGCCCCUGAGCUGCUCCUUGGGGCCCGGCACUACACCAAAGCUAUUGACAUUUGGGCAAUUGGCUGCAUCUUUGCGGAGCUGCUAACGUCGGAGCCCAUCUUCCACUGUCGCCAAGAGGACAUCAAGACCAGCAACCCUUUCCACCAUGACCAGCUGGACAGGAUAUUCAGUGUGAUGGGUUUCCCUGCAGAUAAAGACUGGGAGGACAUCAGAAAGAUGCCAGAGUAUCCCACACUGCAGAAGGAUUUCAGGAGGACAACGUAUGCAAACAGCAGCCUCAUCAAGUACAUGGAGAAACAUAAAGUGAAGCCUGACAGCAAGGUUUUCCUCCUGCUCCAAAAACUCCUCACCAUGGACCCCACCAAGCGAAUCACGUCGGAACAGGCUCUGCAGGACGCCUACUUCCUGGAGGAGCCUUUACCAACCACAGAUGUGUUUGCUGGCUGUCAGAUCCCCUACCCAAAGCGAGAGUUUCUUAACGAAGAUGAACCUGAAGAGAAAACAGACAAGAACCAGACCCAGCAGCACCAGCAGACGACGGGCCAGACCCAGGCCCAGACCCAGCAGCAGGCGGCGGCCCAGCAGGCCCCCUCCCAGCAGAGCUCAGCUCAGACCAACGGCACCGCGGGGGGCACUGGGGCCACCGGGGGAGGCGGCAUGCAGCAUGGGCAGGACCAGGGCCCGCCCAACAAGAAGCCUCGAAUCGGGCCCUCUGGGGCCUCCUCUGGCACAGGGGUGCUACAGUCGGAAUAUCAGCACUCCAGCUCCCGGCUCGGUUACCAAAGCAACGUCCAAGGGUCCACUCAGUCUCAAAGUACCAUGGGAUACUCGUCAUCAUCCCAGCAGAGCUCCCAGUACUCCCAUCAGACACACCGCUACUAGGAGCCGUAGAAUCGCCUCCAGACCCUCUGCCCCCUGACCCUUCACCCCCCCGCUUCUGGAACCAGCAGAGGAUGCAACUCCUCAUCUUUAACUGACACCCAGCAGCCUUCUUCGCCUCGGUCGGACCCCUAAUCUUAGGUGACGUCAUUCCAAUUUGGCCUUCCUCCAUUCGAAGCUGCUCUCAUCUGUCAUCUUAUUGUCUGAAACAUGAAGCCAAACACGAAUAGGAACCAAAAAAAAAAAAGACAGGUUCUGCAUUGUGGGGUGAAACUAAAGGAAACUAAAUGCAAAAGGGAAGCGAAGGCAUCACGCAAACUGAGAAUCAUGGCACUUAUAAAUGCAACGUUCCUCAGCAGGACGACUUGCAGCUGUGUUCAUAUAUGUAUAUUAUAUAGCACCUUUUUCUAUUUGAUUCUUUUUUUUUUUUUAUUUGUUCUCUUGCUCGUUUGCUAGAUUUUCAGAGUUUACCUUGAUAGUUGAUGUCACUCGAAAUAUUGUUACACAUGGGAGCAACGGGAUGCAAUGAAACGGUGGAGGAACAGACCUUCAUCCUCGUCUCCGUCGUCCAAUCAGAAGAAAAGGAGCGUUGGAGUUAACCCUGUCCGCCUGAAUGCAACCAUGACCCAGAGACUCCUGUUCCCACGCAGCGGGGCGGGGGGGGGAACGUCAGCUGUUGAGCUGAUGUCAGUGCAGGGAAAUAUUACAGCGCAGUUUAUUGGAAGCUUUGUAAUAUAGACUUUGUAUAUUUAGAUCCAACUCAUCUCAACCUGGAUUUGGAAAGCCAGAGAAGCAGUCGUCUUUAUAGAGCGCCACCUUCUGGGGGUUCCACUUUUUGCCGACGAUGAUGGUGGUUUCAGGAGGCCAGACUCUUCCUGUCUGUGCCGGUGGAAACGUUGUUCUGAUAACCAUCUUAUCUCGGACCAUCAGAACUUUGAAGGUCUUUUUUUUUUUUUACUAGUAUUUUAAACACAGAUGUAACGUGCGCAUUAACGUACAGGGCAGCUAAAAUUACCCUGCCUUCCCCCCCGAAAUAUGAUUCUUGAGACUGUUACUGCCUAAUGUCAGGUUUUUAUUUUUAUUUUUUUAAGGUUUAAUUAUUACCAACUGUGUGUGUGUGUGUGUGUGUGUGUGUGUGUGUGUGCAUGUCUGAAUUUUUAUUUGCAUAUUUUUUUUCAAACCUACCAGCAUUGCACUGAGCGCUGAACCCGUCUGCAACGAGCUGGAACAAACGCUGGGUGAGUUUUUGUCACCUGAACUUUUGCCUUUUUUUUUUUUCUGGGACAAAUUUGCCAAAAUGUGACAAACAGUUGUUUGUCAAUAGCCUCAUUUGGCCACAUUUAGAGAUAAAGGGUGCGUUCUUUACUACCGCUAAUAUGUUCAAUCUUUUAAGUUUAUUAACACUAUGAAUGCCAUAUGAGUUUUUAACUUCAAUAAAUUUUGGAUUUAUUCUGGCUUUUUACAGAGCCAAAAUCAUACAGUGCACAUGUGCAUGCACCCCCACUGGUAUUUAGAUUACGUAUGUCUUUUUAGCAAGUUGCAUAGAAACCACAUGAUUUGUUUUGCCAGCAGCAGCUUAUUUCAUAACUCACUCUUCCUACCAGAAUCGGUCCAGCUUAUUGAAAGCUGUUGGUUUCCAAGCACAGAGCUGGAUUAUGAGCAUAAUCCAAACAUUUUCCACAUGUUUAACAUUUGGAUUGUCCAGAAACCCAACGUUAGCCUUCUUUAUCUUUUGAAAAAGUGAUACAAAAGUGACUCUUUUUCACACUCCACAUUCAUCUAUCUGGCUGAUGAGUUGAAACCAACUGUUGAACUAUUUGGUAGCCCUCCGUCUUCAUUGACCGCAGCUCGGCCUGGCUGGCCCUAUUCCAGCCCUGGCUGUUUUUGCAUUGACCAGAGUUCUGCCUUCAAAGUGGUUGUACACCAUCAUACCAAACCGCAAACGUCCGGAAAUGUUCCCGGAUUUCAAAAACUAUGGGUGAAGUGACGUUUGUAAUUCCAGUGUCCAAUCAGAUCAACAUCAAAGCACAAGCAAGUAAACAUAAUUCAGUUGCAAUCGUUUAAUUUGUACUUAUUGGGGCCGCAGUUGGUGGUUUCUUUGCAUAUCUGUAUUUCUACAUGCACUUAUAUAAUACAACAAGAGAGAGAGAGAGAGAGAAAGAAAACAUAAGGGGGGCUCAGCAAACAUUUAAAUCCAUUUCGGCAAUUGACAUUUCUUAGAAAGGUCCUUAUGGGCUCACAUGAAAGGGAGGUGUACAUAUCCAGUGUCUUCCAUUAAAAGAGAGAGACAUAGAAAGGGGGCUGACACAGCUUUUUAUAACCCAUAGCAUCUUUAUCUGUGUGGCCAUCCAAAGUGGGAAAUAGCUGGAGUCCAUCCACUCAGAAAAAUGUCCAUUAUUACAUGAAGUUUUGCUGUUAUCUUUUCCAUUAUAUACGCAUUCUUCAAUCUUUCACCCUUCAUUGAUUAAGGGUGGGAGGCAAAAGCUUGAGCCAGUUAUCAUUUUCCUUGCUGCUAGUAGCAGAAUCUGUAGUAACUGGACUUCCCUUUCACCAAUAUUUUCUCCUGAGGUCAAAUAUAAUAUAAUAUGCAGUGAGUUCAGAGGUAACGUGAACUUAAAUAUAUAUUUUUUCCUUUCUAUCUGAACUCCCUGCCAGAAUGGAAUCAGUACUGGGCAGUCCCAAAAAAUGUGAGUGUGAUCCCCAAUCUGAUUACAAAUUUGAAGCAUUUGUGACGUAUUUUGAAAUACUGAAAGGUGUUUUGAAGAAACGUCUUCAAUAACAAUAUUCAUUUCUAGUUCCCACUUUUGCUUUAUAUCCAUAGAUUUGUCAGAGAAAUGCAUCUGUAAAUGUAGAUUAGAUAUAAUCUUCCUCUUAUUAUUUUCCUCUACACAUUUUAUCAGAAAUAUUUCUAAAGGUCAAGCUAGGCCAUUCUUUGUGUGAUAAAAGGUAAUCCCUUAAUUGUAAGUACUUAUAGAAGUCUUUUGAGCGUAAUCCAUAUUAUUAUCCAUAUUAUUAUGUGUGAUAUUGUUAAAGGUUCUCCUAAACUAACAUAUUUCUAUCAGCUUUCCUUGUGGUUUCUCUGGAACUUUCUGACAGACAUUAAACCAAAUAUC